UAUAUUUCUGUUGAGGUUCGGUUGAUGUAGGCUACGAAUCUAUUCUUUUAUUUAAUCCCAAAUUUCCUUUCAUUAGCCAUGAAGGGUGCCAACUGAUCUCUCUGGAAUGCCUUAUGACCUGUUGCCAUGCAAAGGCACUGGCUUUUGUGAAAUAGACUCGGCUAGCCUAUCGUUUUUGUCAUUCCUUAAAUCAGUCUAAAGACAAACAGUUCGGAAAUCAGUUCGAUUCAUCAAUUUAUUUUGCCUUGAGACUUGACACAUAAUUUGCACGAAACCAACAUGCUAUUUUAUGGAUUUCUGCAGAGGGAAUUAUGCAUCCCACGUGUUUAAUAAUAUUUCAACAAAAUAUCUGCGCGACUUGGAGAGGAUAGAACACCCGGAGUCAGAAUCAGGUUUGCCGCGCACAGGCUACGUACGGAACAACUUAUAAAAUGUACAACUAUUUGCAAUAUGGAUUUUAAGAAGACAAAGUAUGGAAGAUUCAUGAACAGUAGAGUUCCUCCUACCAAGAGGUAUCAGCCCACAGAAUACGAACAUGCUGCCAACUGUGCCACCCAUGGGCUUUGGAUAAUUCCUAGCAUCCUGGGUGGGACUCUGCUCUACUUUCAGUCAGAUGACCACUGGAAGUCCGUCACAGCCUGGAUGUAUGGUAGUGGGCUGUCCGGCUUGUUCAUCAUGUCAACCAUGUUCCAUACCAUAUCCUGGAAGAAAAGUCACCUCAGGGCUAUGGAGCAGCGCUUUCACAUGUGCGACCGGAUGGCCAUCUACUUCUUCAUCGCUGCUUCCUAUUCCCCCUGGCUCAACCUAAGAGAGCUGGGGCCCUGGGCUGCUCACAUGCGCUGGGUGGUGUGGAUCAUGGCGUGCGUCGGCUCUGCGUACGUCUUCUUCUUUCAUGAGAGGUACAAGAUUUUAGAGCUGCUCUGUUACGUAACCAUGGGUGUUGUCCCUGCCUUGGUGUUGUUGUCCAUGGCUAACCGAGACGGCGUGCUGGAACUUUCCGUGGGUGGUGUCUUCUACUGCCUUGGUGUCGUCUUCUUCAAGAGUGACGGCCUCAUUCCUUUCGCCCAUGCCAUCUGGCACGUCUUCGUGGCCAUUGGAGCAGGCAUCCACUACUACGCCAUCUACGCCUAUCUGUAUUCGACGGAGAGCGGUUACAUGAAGACGUCCAGGUGACAGUCUCUCAAUCUGACAAAGAACCCCCCCACCCCCCCCGAGAGAGAUCGGGGCGCAGGGACACACUGACAGGCCACCCAGAGGUGAAGAGCAGUGUGUGACAGCUGGGUUUUCUGACACACGCCGCAAACGCUGCCUUGAUGGUCCUACUGGCAGCACAGUACGUUCCUGACAUCUGAUCACAAGUAGCCUUAUAAACCUCCAAAUGAUAGAUGAAAACGAGAGGGAUAAAAUACUGUGGACCACUGAUUUUGACUGAAAUUGUUCUUCUGUCCUCAGAAAAAAUCUGGUAGAACUUGAGAAAAUCACUGAACUUGCAGACCCAAUCCAAUACACACAGUUAAACGACUGUACUGUUGCUGCAUUUUAUAGAUUCCAUUUUUAAUGUGUUCUGUGUUAGAUGUUAAAUUAUUAAGAGCCAUAUCAGAGAUUUUUCGAAGAGAUUAUACUGCCUUUUUUUCUAGUAGGAAGCGAUCCUCCACGUAUGUUUAUGAAUCAGAUUUUUACUCCACUCAUGCCACCAAGAAUCAUUGUGUGACAUGCUGUGUCAUUCUGAGGUCAUUCGAAACUGGUGGGACAAGCGUAUUCUAUCAGCCUGCCCUCUUACCCUCAAUAGAGUUUCUACUACGGAUCAUCAGUUACAAUUGAGAUACAUCACUGCAUAUAUAUGCAAUACAUGUGUGGGUGUAUUACAGAGUGGGUUUAUUAAACUUCCAUGACUAGUAUUAGCUCUAAUCCAGAUGAUCUCAUUGCAGAACAGUUUAAGUGAAGACACUCUGUUCCGCUCCUGCUUUAGAGCUCAUUAGCCAUUGCUGCAGUGUUUGUUUGCAAUCGUCGGUGAUGGUGAUUAUGUGCUGUUGAAGCAUUCAGCUGCUUGUAAGUGCCAUAUGUGAGAACUCACUCCUUUGAUGACAAUGAUCGAUCAUAUCCUGCACAAGUUUGUCAUGUAUUUUUGACAUACAGAGUAAUAUUGUGAAUCUCCUGUUAGACGACUGAAAAAUAUCUUUAUUUUAGUUGUACAAGGCAUAUAAUGCCUUUUUGUCAGCCUCUGAAAAACAAAACUGACCGAAAAUCAACACUAUUUAGUCUAUGUUAUUGUUGUAUGUGCCUAACAUACAGCAGUGAUACUCAGGAAACUUCACAUUUUCAUGAUAAGAUGUAAGUCACAGAACUUUCUCAUAUCAGAAUGCAUUCCAUGAGCAUUAAAAUAGUACAAGGCACAUUGAUUUGUAAACAAAGGGCAGAUGAUUCUGCUAAAUUAUCAUUUAAUUUGAUGUUAAAUCAGGAGAAAAAUGUGUUCCAUUGUGACCUUAUAUCAUGUUCAUGGUGCUUGACCUUUUUCCAACAUUCCAAUCCAAGAUGGUGUAGAACCGCUUUGUAGUCCUUUUCCAUGUAUCAAAGUCAAGUAUGCACAUAUAUGCACUAUAGCGUUACGACUGUUAGAACAGCUGAGGCUACUGGUAAGGAGAAGUCAAUGAGAUGUUUAUGUGUUCUUUGCAAUUCAAUGGCUGGACAAUGUUUUGUGUGUUGACACCUGCAAUGUAUGUAAUUUCAACCUGGAAAUUAAAAUGAUUUUUAAGUGCA